AUGUCGUCGGAAAUUAUCCACACAUCUCCAUCGGCAAGAGAUGGAGGGCAUAGUGGCGCAAUCAAGAGCGUGCGACUCUUGUCGCCGAACCAGAUUGCAUCUUCAGGAAUGGACCGGACUGUGAGGCUAUGGAAAUACUCGGAUCAGGAGAAGGGAAUUACCCCUCAGAUCGAAUAUUACGGCCACAAGGGCAGCGUGGACUCGAUCUCUGUUCAUGGAAACCGAAUUCUAUCAGCAUCUGCCGAUCACACCGUUGGACUCUGGUCGACAAGAAAAUCUGAAUCACCCGCGGCGCCCCCCAAUAUGCUCCCCACGAACUCAGCGAGAAGCUCUAAGCGGCGGAAACUGAAUUCAUCUGUGAGCACACCUCAACGGGGGCCGCUAUCCAUGCUCAAAGCCCACACGGCGCCCGUUUCCGCUGCAAUCUUCGACGCCAAAGAUUCUACGGUGGGAUACUCGACCUCCUGGGACCACUCCCUUCGUACAUGGGAUCUUGUGACAGCUACUCUUGUUGACACCCGCACCACGUCUCACUCUCUACUAUGCGUCGAACAUCUUCCCGAACAUACCCUCCUUGCAGCAGGUUCUGCGGCUAGACAUGUCACGUUGAUCGACCCUCGUGCUUCAGCCACAACCGUCUCGGCGAUGACGCUACGCGGACAUUCGAAUGCGGUUGUAUGCCUUGCUAGAGACCCAGAUAGCACGUACGGGCUGUUAAGUGGAAGCCAUGAUGGGACGUGCAGGAUUUGGGAUAUUCGUUCCACGAAAACGGACACGGAUGGCGUCGUGGGUGAGAGCAUAUAUUCGAUUUCGAGAAACAGCGUAGGAGAGGGCAAGCGCGUAGGAGGAGACGGAGUGAAGGUGUUUGAUGUGUGCUGGGAUAAAAAAGUCGGGAUUGUGAGCGUUGGUGAGGAUAAGGUCGUCCAGAUAAAUCGGGGAGAGGGAGUUGUGCCCAAAGCUGCCUAG